AGAUGCCCAUUCUAUGCAGUCACAGUGCUCUGAUCUUCUCCAUUUCCAAAGAGGUUCCGUGGAUGAAUUCAUAUUUGAAGGACCUAAGCUUGGAAAAAUUGCAGCUGUUUGGAUCAGCCCAGAAUCAGGUCAGCGGAGACUUGGAGGCAUGAGCAUAACUGUCAUUUCCCUGCUAAAUUCUGAGUCAGUAGGAAAUGAGAAGAAUUUGUUCGACUGUACUGCUGUCCAGUAUGACUUUGAUAUUGAGGAUGUGUUGCUCGGUGGGAAAAGCGAUAGUUCCAUGAUGGAGUUUAGACCAUAUUCAGUUACUGAGGAUUUCUAUAUCUAUUACUCGUGGAGAGGUCGAUUGAUGGUAUACCAUCUUCAGAAUUGACUUCAAGUAACUGCAGUUACUACAGUUGCAGCAAAAUAUGCCCUCGGAGACAUUUCCAGUGUGCUGACACCGAAAGAUCUCAUGCUUGGGACUAUCAGCUUUCUGUUGUCCAAGGUAUCUGUGUUCUUGGCUGCAUUCCGACCCAUAACAGGUUUAAGAGAAAACAAAUGAUACUGUACUCUUAGUAUUCCUUGCACAUUCAUGUAUAUAGCUAAUACAAAGUUACAGACAUGGAGAUGUAUAGAAUCAAUAAAUGUUCACUUUA